UACACCGAACUACUUCCAUCGUUAGGUCUAGUUUUUUACUUUACUUUAAAAUUUGACAAUUAUCGAUUUUUUUCACCACUUGUCUGAGCAACCAGUAAAAGAGUUAAAAAGGGAAAGAGCAUGAUUAUUCGAGCGAAACCCUUAAGUUAUCUAAUAUAUAGGUCAUUUCGUCAUUCAUCCGUCGGUGACCAAAAUGGCUGUGAGUUUGACGUUCGAAACGUUACCCAAAAAUGAAUCUCUCGCUGAAGAUUUUAAUGUUUUUAAAUGUAAUGAAUAUUCUUUACCAUCCUUUGCCAUUAAAUUUCUGAAAGAAGAAGCUCCUUCUUAUGAAGCUAGAGAAGAUGAUAUAUACAUUGCUUCAUACCCGAAAACAGGUACAACUUGGACUCAGGAAAUCAUUUAUUUAAUCCACAGUGAUUUGGAUUUUGAAGGUGCAAAGACCAAAGGCCUUGAUGAAAGAUUUCCUUAUGUUGAACAUGCCAGAACAGACAUCUGUUACGUAAAAGAGAUGAAGAGUCCACGGCUUUUAAAAACUCAUUUACCGUACAGUUUGUUGCCAACAGAUAUUCACAAAAAACAAUGCAAGAUCAUUUAUAUUACCAGAAAUCCAAGGGAUGUUGUUGUGUCCUAUUAUCAUUUUGCUUGCAUGUUGAAAGAGACUCACUAUACCGGAACUUUUGAGCAAUUUUUUGAAAGAUUCAUUUCAAGUCGAGCAACUUACAGUCCAUUCUUGAUGCACAAUAUAGAAUUUUGGAAUAAGAGAAAUGAGAAGAAUAUCCUAUUUCUUUUUUAUGAAGAUUUAAAGAAGGAUUUGCAUACAAAUGUGAUGAAAAUCGCAUCUUUCUUGGAGAAGCAAUUGACGACGGAAAAUAUAAAUGCAAUAAUUGAACACUGCAGUUUUCAAAACAUGGCCAAAAGUAAUACUGUUGCAUUAUCAAGCAAUGACGUUGUAGGAGGCAGUGUCGGAAAAUUCUUUCGUAAAGGUCAAGUUGGAGAUUGGAAAAACUAUCUUACUCCUGAACAGAUAGAAAGACUAGAUGAAGAAGUUGUAAAAGUAUGUGGUAAAUCAGGCCUAGAAUACACUUAUGAAUUGUAAUAUAUUUUUUUAUCAUUAAUUUCAGAAUUGUACAUUUUUAUUGUUUGUAUUAAAAGUAUAUAAAUUGAAUGUUCUUAAAAAACUUUUUUCUAAUUAUUUUAUUGAAUAAAAAACAUGUUCCU